AUGGAAAUGACAGGAAUGACAGAAUAUCGUCCGCAGCACGGAACGUCACGCCUGCACCGCACGCUGAGCGCAGGCGCUGCGGCGCUGCAGGAGCAGGCAGGGUACGUCAACCUAAGGGUUCAGGCUUUCGAAGCCGCAAGAGUGAAGCUUAUAGACACGUCCAGGCAGGAGCUGAGAUCCGGGUCGCCAACCUUGAUGGGCCAGUUGAUCGUGCAGGUGGACGAGGCGCUGGCUGGUUGGAUGGGCUUCGCCUCGGCGCGGUACGAUGAUCACAAUGCCUCUGUAAUGAUUCGCAAAAGUAACCGUGCCGGGCAGGAAGGCGAAGGUGAGUCUGGUCAAUGCUGA